GUGGUUGUGUUGUGGCAGCUGUCUCCGGUGCUCAGGGACCCGACUAACAGGGCAUGCUUUACACAUCUCCUCAGUAUUCCAAGUGAAAUAGAAGGGAGUGUAAUUGAUAAUGAAUGAAACACAUCAACUUGAACUGUUUCCUCAAUAUAAAGUGACGCUGCUGCUGUUUAAAAAUGUGAAAAAUGCGUCUCGGCUAAGACAGAAAGCAAUGGAUGGAUCUAUUGAUGGUGCUUUAUUGAAUCCUGCAAUGAUUCUAGAUCCACUUCAAGUUCUUGUGGCAGUAAAUAAAGCCAUUCAUCUACAGUUGUUGAAAAAAAUGAAAACCAGGACUUUCAACUCGGAGAUUAUUUUCAAUUUAUCGCCUACCAACAAUAUUUCGGAAGCUUUUAAAAAGUUUGGCCUGUCAGACAGUGAUUCUGCAGUUCUUGUUGUUUUGACGGACGAUGGGACUAAACAUUUGAAUUCCCAAGAAGUAUCCUCUCAUGUGGAAGGCCAACAAGUUCCUCUAGCAAAUCUGUCACAGCUGACAGACCUCACAAAAGUGAAAAAGAUUUAUAAAAUAACUACACAAGAAGAAAAAAUUGGUUCUGUAUUGGAUGCCGUUAUCUGCAGAAUGACAGUAAAAGACGUCUUGUAGGUUUUAUGGGACAUUUAAUUGAAGUAUCGGACUACAUAUACCACUCGACUGCGGUUUUGUGUUAUUUUAAACUUCAGUACUGUGCUAUGUUUUGUAUUAAAAAUAAAAAUCAAUAUUAAAUAUA